CCCCGAACUCCAUUGCCCGCCCCCUCUGGUCAGCUGACCGGCGGCCGGUCUGCUGACUGUCAAGCGGCUUCGGCUCGUCCGUCGAGGCCGCGGUGAGACUGAGAGCUGCCCGCCCCUCUGGAGCUCCUCAACGGAUUCGUCGUCAUCGUCGUUCUUCUCCGGGAUCUCGGAUCUCCAAGGUUCCUGGUUGGUGUCGAAGGGAUUUCUAGACUGGAUCAGUCGGCUGGACCUUUGGCCGCCGCCACCCGAGCUCGGCGCACCUUGCCCGGGGCGUGAACGCCCUCCUCCUGCCCCCGGCGGCGGCGGCCGGCCCGCCGUCCAUCCGGCCGCGGAGCACCAUGGCCCUACUGGAGGUCGUAAUGCAAGGCCUGGCCGUGUUCGGCUUGCUGCUGUUCGUCGUGCUGUGGCUCAUGCACUUCAUGUCCAUCAUUUACGUGCGCCUGCAUCUGCACAAGAAGAGAUCGGAGGUCAAGCAGCCGGCGGGCGUGUCCCUGCUCAAGCCGCUCAAGGGCGUCGAUCCCAACCUCAUUUCCAACCUGGAGACCUUCUUCACCAUGGACUACCCCAAGUACGAGGUGCUGAUGUGCGUUCAGGACCAGGACGACCCGGCCAUUGACGUUUGUAAGAAACUGCUGGGCAAAUAUCCCAACGUGGACGCUCGCCUCUUCAUUGGGGGCAAGAAGGUGGGCAUCAACCCCAAGAUCAACAACCUGAUGCCAGGCUACGAGGGUGCCAAGUACGGCCUGGUGUGGAUCUGCGACAGCGGCAUCCGAGUGAAAGCAGACACGCUGACUGAUCUGACCAAUCAGAUGACUGAGAAAGUGGGUCUGGUGCACGGUCUGCCGUACGUCGCCGACCGACAGGGAUUUGCCGCCACGCUGGAGCAGGUCUACUUCGGGACGUCGCACCCUCGGUCGUACAUUUCAGCCAACGUGAUGGGCAUCAAGUGCGUGACAGGCAUGUCGUGUCUGAUGCGCAAAGACGUCCUGGACCAGGCUGGCGGCCUGGUGGCCUUUGCGCAAUACAUCGCCGAAGAUUACUUCAUGGCCAAGGCCAUCGCAGACAGAGGCUGGAAGUUCUCCAUGGCGACGCAGGUGGCCUUGCAGAAUUCGGGCUCCUACUCCAUCGGCCAAUUCCAGUCACGCUUGAUUAGGUGGACCAAGCUGCGCAUCAACAUGCUUCCCGGCACUGUGUUGGAGCCCGUCUCCGAGUGCUUCCUGGCCAGCCUCAUCAUUGGUUGGGCCGCGCAUUACGUAUUCAGGUGGGACAUGAUGGUGUUCUUCAUGUGUCAUUGUCUGGCGUGGUUCAUCGCUGACUAUGUCCAACUCACCGGAGUUCAGGGCGGGCCGCCGAACUUCUCCAAGCUGGACUUUGCGGUGGCGUGGUUCAUCCGCGAGUCCAUGGCGGUGCAGAUCUUCCUUUCGGCGCUUUGGGAUCCCACCAUCAGCUGGGGGACCCGC